UAUGCCUGUGAAUUCCUUAUGCAGGCGUUCGGGCUCCAACUAAACAUGGAGUUGCAAUUGGCAUCGCAGUUCGCUGAAAAGCAUGUUUUGAGGACACAAACAUUGUUGUGUGACAUGCUUCUCCGUGAGUCACCUACGGGGAUAGUUACUCAGAACCCCAGUAUUGUCGACCUUGUGAAAUGUGAUGGGGCCGCUUUGUACUACCAGGGGAAAUACUAUCCUUUGGGUGUUACACCUACGGAAGCUCAGAUAAAGGGCAUUGUGGAGUGGCUAUUGGCUUGUCAUGUGGACUCAACAGGCUUAAGUACUGAUAGUUUGGCUGAUGCAGGGUAUCCUGAGGCAGCUUCUCUUGGUGCUGCUGUUUGUGGGAUGGCUGUUGCUUAUGUAACUUCGAAAUAUUUCCUGUUUUGGUUCCGUUCGCACACUGCAAGCGAGAUAAAGUGGGGUGGUGCAAAGCAUCAUCCAGAAGACAAAGAUGAUUGUAAGAAAAUGCAUCCACGUUCAUCGUUUAAGGCAUUUUUGGAAGUUGUUAAGAGCCGUAGUUUACCAUGGGAGAAUGCAGAAAUGGAUGCAAUUCACUCUUUGCAGCUAAUUCUACGUGAUUCAUUCAAGGGCGCUGAGGCAAGUAGUUCUAAUGCUAUUAUGCAUGCUCCGCUUUGGGAAGAGGGGUUGCAAGGGAUGGAUGAACUGAGAUCUGUUGCCAGAGAAAUGGUUAGAUUGGUAGAGACUGCUACAGCACCCAUAUUUGCCGUUGAUGUUGAAGGUUGUAUAAAUGGAUGGAAUGCUAAAGUUGCUGAGUUGACUGAGUUGUCAGUUGAAGAAGCAAUUGGGAAGUCGUUGGUUCAUGAACUUGUCCAUGAAGAAUCAAAGAGUACUGCCGAGGACCUUCUCCACAAUGCUUUAAGAGGUGAAGAAGAUAAGAACGUAGAAAUAAAGUUAAAGACAUUUGGAGCUGAGCAACUGAAGAAGACUGUUUUCGUGGUGGUUAAUGCUUGCUCUAACAAGGACUACACAAAUAACAUCGUUGGUGUUUGCUUCAUUGCCCAGGAUGUCACCGCCCAAAAAGUUGUACUGGAUAAAUUUGUUCGAAUUCAAGGUGAUUACAAGGCCAUUAUGCACAGCCUGAAUCCUCUAAUCCCGCCCAUAUUUGUAUCAGAUGAGAACACUUAUUGCUUUGAGUGGAACACUGCAAUGGAAAAACUUAGUGGUUGGAAAAGAGAAGAAGUCAUUGGUAAGAUGUUAGUUGGUGAGAUUUUUGGCAGUUUAUGUAGGCUCAAGCGCGCAGACGUCACGACCAAAUUCAUGAUCAUGUUGCAUCAGGCAAUUGGAGGCCAGGAGAUAGACAAGUUCUCGUUUUCCUUUUGUGACCGAAAUGGAAAAUUUGUUCAAUCUCUUUUGACUGCAAACAAGAGAGUCAAUGUGGAUGGCCAAAUUAUUGGUGCUUUUUGCUUCUUGCAGAUUGCAAGUCCUGAAUUGCAGCAAACUCUAAGGCAGAGACAACAGGAAAGGACGAGUAACGUUUGGAUGAAAGAGUUGGCUUACCUUUGUCGGGAAAUAAAGAAUCCUCUA